AUGCCGAUGUUUCGCCUCAAGACCAUCUUCCCCCUCGUGGCCCUCUUUUCGAUAGGCUUCUUUUUCUGGGCCAUCGAACGCUUCGAUCGGGCCGCUUUUAUGCGAUUCAAGCACCCGGUCGAUCGCGUCUCUAACUCCGGUGCCUCCCAGAUCCAGCUGCAGUCCCCGCCCUCGCCUGUGCAGUGUGACGCGGAUCCCGGUGCUGUGGCUCCUCUGCCUUUCACGGAAUGGCUGCCUCGCAAGAACUACACUCGUGCCUACUUCCGCCCUCGUCACGUCGACGCUGACGCCGAGUUCAACUCCCUCGAGGACAUCAACGUGCCGGUCCUUCCCCCGAUGACCGUGAUCGAGCGUGGCAUGGUCAUCUCGCCGGAUAACAAGCAGCCUUUGGAAUCGACCUGCCCUCCCAUCAUUGAUGUCGACGUGGCUGCGGAUGAUGAUGUGGACGAGACGGACAAGAUUCUGCUCGGUUUGGCCACCACGGCCGAUCGUCUGGAUCGCUUGCUCCCUUCGCUGCUCUACUCGUACGGAAACACCAAGGCCAGCAUCGUCGUUCUCGUUCCCAUGUCGGACGACGACAUCCCCAAGCAGGAGACUUACUUCCGCAACCGUGGAUUGGACGUCACUCUGAUCCAGUCUCCUCUGGAUUUCACCGCUCGUUACUUCGGUAUGGUGGAGGCUUUCGCCAACCACAUCCGAACCAAGCGCCCUCAGACCACGUGGCUUGGAUUCAUGGACGAUGACACUUUCUUCCUGUCCCUCCCCACCAUUGCCAAGGAACUGAAGCUCUUCGAUGUCAACAAGAAGCACUACAUCGGAGCCUUGUCUGAGGCCAGCUGGCAGGUCGACACUUUCGGCCACAUCGCUUUCGGUGGUGCCGGUGUCUUCGUCUCGAAGCCUCUUCUCGACGUCCUGGAGCAGUACUACGACGAGUGCCAGGCCUGGGGUGAGCAGCCCGGUGACCAGAAGCUUGGCCAGUGUAUCCAGCGAUUCGGUGACACGGACCUGACUCUCUGGCCCUCCCUGUACCAGAUGGACAUGAAGGGUGAGGUCGACGGUGUCUACGAGUCGGGCCGCAAGAUUGAGUCCCUGCACCACUGGAACAGUUGGUACUCGAAGGACGUUGUCAAGAUGACCACCGUGGCAGCCGCCGCCGGUCGCAAGUCCGUCCUGCGUCGUUGGGUCUUUGACCAGGAGGAAUUCGUCAACAACGCCACCGGAGACUCGACCCGCACCUUCUGGGUCUUCACCAACGGAUACUCCCUCGUCAAGUACACUUACGACGAGAAGACGCCCGACGAUGCCAUCAACUUCGACCACGCCGAGAAGACGUGGGAGGAGGACCCCCGUGGUUAUGAGAGCCGUCUCGGACCCCUCCGUCUUCGGGAUCAGGAGGGCAUCCUCAAGGACCGCUGGUUGCUGAGGGAAGCCUUCGUCGUCGGUGACAACGUCCACCAGUGGUAUGUUCGUGAGGAAGACGAGGGCCACAGUGUCAUCGAGAUUGUCUGGCUCGGUCCCAAGGGAGGUGGUGGUGCCGGUGUUCGGGAUUACGCCGCCCGUCCCACUCGGAUGCACUAA